ACCGCUGCCACCUUCGCCACCGUACAGCCAGCAUCAUCGUCACCACACCGUCCGGCCGACACACCGUACACCUCGUAUACCUACGUAGUAUACUGCACGGUAUACUUGGGACGAGCGUGCAUCGCUCGACAACCGACCGACCGAUGCUUGUGUGCGUAAUGUAUGUGCGCUGCGCGCACCAAGCCGUAGUGGGGGACGCGCGGCACGGGGGGAGAAGGCGACCGGUGGGGGGUAGCGGCUAUGCUACGCGACCCCAAGCUCAGUCGUUGCGCGACCCUCGUCGAGUGUGUUUGCGUUAACGUUUCCCGUGGGUUCGAGUUUUUUUUUUUUAACGUCACCUCGGUUACGUUUGCUGUCGCUCGCAAAGUGUUCUUACUCUCAAACUCCGUCCUCCGAUAUACGUUGUUCGACUACGCUCCUUUUUUUUUACCUGUUGUCGACGAUCCUCUCCUCUUCUCCCGUUUCUCGACACAUUUUUUCCGUUUUAUUUUUGUCCCGCUUUCCCUCCUUUCAUCGCGUGUCCGUUGCUACUAUUUUUGCAUCGGCCGAUCGUCGCCUGUCGCAAAAACGGACGGGGGAAAGUGACGUUGUUCCAGGUGCGAAGAUAUAAUAUCGGCCGGUGAUCGAGCAACGAGCAAGGAGAUUAUUCGCGUCGAAGUGCGAAAGAGAACGUGUACCUGGUUAUUUAGGUAUCGGACCGUACGUGUGCAAGCGAAUCGAACAAAGGAGUGCCUUCGGACGGACGGUUGCGACGUGGCGUUUUGAAAUCGCGCGCAAACCUUUUCCUUUUUCGUCCGUUUCGCGGACGGAUGCCCGCGAUGGAAAUGAGCGUGCGAGCCUCGCCGUUCUUCGCGUAUCCAGAAUACCGCUGAACGCUUGAGAAAUCUGCGGCGAGCGAGGAAUUACCGUGCGACGAUGGGAUACCGCUCUUUUCACUCGGCGGAUCUACCUUGCCGGUAGUCGUACACGAUUGUUCGCACAUCGCGGGUGAGCAUCGGACGAGGAAGACACGAUCGCCCGAGGGAGGAAUCACGACCGAUGAAGCUUAUCAUCUCCGUUCCAACGAUUUCGACGAAGGGAGAGAGAUACAGUGAGAAGAGAAGGUGUGACAGUGAGACGAGUGUCGGAAUAGAAGGAAUAUACGGAUAUGAUAGGUGCGGUGAGUCGUCGGGUGUGUCGGCGAGCGUGAUCGAGGAGAUCGAUGCGAUCGUCGAUGCCGCGUGCUGGCAAAAUUCGCGCAGCGUCGUCGUCAUCGUCGAUACUCGGUGAAAGUCGGUGCAACGCGGAACUCUGUCCUCCAACGCGAAUGGAGCCGCGCAAUUUGCGUGUCUCGUUGUUCCGUUCCACUCGAACUGUUCGUGGAAUUCGUUUUGCCGAUAGAAUGGAUAGGAUUCGAUCGUCGAGAACUGCGACGAUUAUCGCCGUUACUUCGCUGCUGUUGCUGCUGCAUCCCGCAGCGGCACAGGGUCGCGUGGAGGAGACGCAGAUGGACACGCACGAGGGGUCGACGGUACAGCUGCAGUGCCGUUUCUCCCCGCCCAGGGAGAACGUGACGUGCUUCUGGUUGACGCACACGAACGAUAAUCACGACAACGCAGCGAUCGACAAUCUGUCGUUAUCGCCCCAGUACAAGGUGUUCAUGAAUCUGGAGGAGGGUCGGUACGACCUUCAGAUAAGGAACGUGUCGUACGAGAGGGACAACGGGAAGUACGAGUGCCGGGUGAAGGCGAGCGGGACGGGGCACGACCUGCACCGAAAGUUCAUCGCUCUGACGGUGCUGAGGGCGCCCGGGCCGCCCACCAUAUCCCCGACCUCGGCCUCGGCGACGGAGGGGCAGAGGCUCGAGUUGCAGUGCAACACGAACGGGGGCAGCCCCGAGCCCGAGGUGAGGUGGUACCGCGGCAACGAGACGGCCGUGCUCCACUCGGGCAGGACGCUGACGGUGGAGCCGAAGAAGGAGGACGACGGGGCGACGUUCCGCUGCGUGGUGCGGAACCGGGCGAUGCGCGAGGGCGAGACGCUGAACGCCACCGUCACCCUCGACGUCAACUACUUCCCCCGGGUGGCGGUCGGGCCCGAGAACCCCCUCAAGGUGGAGGUGAACGGGACGGCGAACCUCGAGUGCCGCGUCGACUCGAAGCCGGCGGUGGGCAUGGUGAGGUGGUGGAGGGACGGCAGCUUCGUGGCGACCAGCUUCCAGCACGCGAUUCGAAGGGUGGCGGUGCAGGACGCGGGCAAGUACACCUGCCAGGCGGACAACGGGCUCGGCAAGAGGGGGGAGAGCUCCCUGCUGCUCGACGUGCUGUACCCGCCCACCGUGUCGAUAGAGGGCGAGCCGCUGAGGAUCGCCGAGGUCGAGGACACGGUGACCGUGCACUGCAACGUGACGGCGAACCCGCCGCCCUCGGUGGUCGAGUGGCUGCGCGACGGCCGCCCCGACUUCCGCCAGCUCGGCUCCAUCCUGCGGCUCAGCCGCGUCACCGCCGACCACGCGGCCAACUACACCUGCCGCGCCGUCAACGCCAUCCACCCGUCGGGCGGCGAGCGCAGGAACUACUCGGCCACCGCUCGGCUCACCGUGCGCGUGCGGCACAAGCCGGGCCCGGCGCGGGUCACCCCCGACUCGCCCGUCGCCGUCGAGGGUUCCAAGGUGAUUCUCACGUGCAUGGCGAGCCCGGCCGGCUACCCGGAGCCCAGGUACAAGUGGUGGAAGGAGGGCGAGUCCGGGACGAUGCCCUCGGUCAACGUGGGCCCCAAGUACGAGAUCGACUCGGUCCACUUGGGCAGCGAGGGGACGUACAAGUGCCACGCGACCAACGAGAUAGGGAACGGGGAGGCGGCGUCCGUCAACCUCACCGUCCACCAACCGCCCAAGAUACUCACCAAGCUGCAACCGCACGUCACCAGGAAGGUGGGCGAGUCGUCGUUCCAAGUGUCGUGCGUGGCGCAGGGCAAGCCGCGGCCGAGCGUCCGGUGGUUGAAGGACGACCAAGAGUUGACGGCGGACGAGCGGCUGUACAAGGUGACGACGAGCGCCUCGGAGGGGCACGGGAACGUGAUGACGGUGAACUCGACGCUGAGCUUCCUGGGGCACGCGAGGCCGCAGACGGACGAGAUCGUGGCGGGCGACCGGGGCAAGUACACGUGCGUGUUCGCGAACGAGGUGAAGAAGGUGGAGUCGACGAUGAUGCUGAAGGUGGAGCACGAGCCGAUCGCGCUGCACCAGCACGGCAAGGUGGCGUACAACCUGAGGGAGACGGCCGAGGUGGCGUGCAAGGUGCAGGCGUGGCCGAAGCCCGAGUUCCAGUGGAGCUUCGGCACGAACGCGGCGAGCCUGCAGGGCUCGUCGAGCGACGCCCACUACGAGAUCUCGACGAGCAGCGACAACUACGACGUGUACACGUCGGUGCUCCGCAUAAGCAACAUCCGCGAGCUGGACUACGGCGACUACAGCUGCAGGGCGGCGAACGCGCAGGGCAGCAUCACCUCGACGAUCCGGCUGCAGCCGAAGGGGGCGCCCGAGAGGCCCGUCAACGUGACGGCGAUGGACGUGGGCCCGACCCACGUCGCCCUGCUGUGGCAGCUGGGCUUCGACGGCGGCCUGCCCGUCACCAAGUACUUCGUCUCGUACAGGAGGGUGGCGGGCGCGGGCGACGAGGUCGUGGCGCCCGACUGCGCCGUGCCGCGGCCGCCCGCCGGCCACUGGCUCGAGCUCGACUGCCGCCGCUCCAACCCCUGCAACGUGACCGGCCUCGAGCAGCACCAGACCUACGCGUUCAAGGUGAAGGUGUACAACACCAAGAACCACUCGGACUACUCGGACGAGGUGACGGCGACCACCGCGGUGGCCAGGAUCCCGCCGCCGCUCAGGGUCACCUACGACCCGGAGAGCGGCGUGCUGGCGGUCGGGGUGGCGGCCACCUGCCUGUCGCUGGUCGCCUCCAUCGAGAAGCUGGACGGGGGGGCGGACGAGUCGCGGUGGAGGAUCCUGGACGAGUGGCCGCUCGAGGUGCUGGGCAGCGCGCCCACGCAGAGGGAGGGGGUGCUCGACGACCCGGAGUCCGCGGACGCGAGCGAGCCGAGGCUCAGGGUCAGGCUGUGCCUGAAGGCGGACCGGCAGAAGUGCGGCGAGUACGGGGAGGCUAAGAUCGGCCCCUCGUACGUCGCCCAGGCUGGGGCGCUGGCCACGCCGACGUUGAUCGCUCUGGUGGUGAGCGGCGCCGUGUUCCUCCUGUUCGCCGCCCUCCUCUUGCUCUUUUGUCGCUGUCGUCGAAAACACGCCACCAAGGCCAAGGACUACGAGAUGGACUCGAACGCGGUACGGCCGAGCCUCGUCGCCGGCAACGGGCAGCAGAGCCAGGCACCGCCGCCCUACUACGCCGAGAACAAGGCGCUGGAGCACAGUUUGGACCACGCCCUCGCCAUGGAGGACUCCAAGACGCCUGCCUACUCGCAGCCCGGCUACGGCUACCAUCAACCGAACCACAACAUCAACGGGGUGAACAUGGGCUACAUGGACAACAGCUACUCGAACUCGAAUAACGGGGGGUCGGUGAACUCGCAGGACUCGAUCUGGCAGAUGAAGUCGGCCGCCGCGAACGGGGUUGGCCAGCCCUACGACCUGGCUGGAUACGCGACCACCGAGUCGGAUUACCCGACCCAUCCUCAUUACCUCCCCCAGAGGGAGGAUUACCGGGAGAGCCAUAAUCUCAGUCGACAGCAGUUUUGCUCGGAACCAUUCGCCACCGUCGUAAAGUCUCAAAAACACGUCGAUUCGCCUUACGACGUGUCCGGUCUACCCUAUCAGGAGAACUACGACGAGGACGCGAAGCCGCCGCAGCAGGUCAGCCUGUCGUACGACGAGAGCCUGGAGUCGGGAUACUCGACCCCGAACAGCCGGGGGCGGCGGAUCAUCCGCGAGAUAAUCGUUUGAGACCUGCCCACCGGCUCGCGAGCCGGGACAACGACGACCCGCACCACGUGGCUAUAGCACCACGCCGCACCCGCCGGCCCCUCGUACCACCCGGUGGACGUGCCGUCGCGCGACCCUCCCCCCCGCCACAGGAUGGAGAUCGUGAUCGAGAACCCCCUCGAGUCGUCGACACCUCCCCCUCCUCCCCCGCCUCCUCCUCCUCCGCCUCCUCCGCCUCCUCCGCCGUGGAGGAUCGCGUCGCCCGCCGUCGAGAGCGCGGCUACAACCACCGUGAUGACGAUAACCAUCGCCGAGAAUCCCACCGCAACCACUGCCCUCUACCCCCUGCCCGCCACUCCGCUGCGCUUCUCCUAUCGAGAAACGUACGCGCCCCCCUUCCUCCCCCCCACCACGGACCAUCCGUGUCCCGCGCGACGCGCCUCCCAUCCGCGAGGCAGGUCGCCGUACGACGGCGAUCAUCCGGACGGCGCCUCGCCGCCGCCGCCCGCGGUGCGCCGCAUCGACAAGUCGGGAUUGUUGGGCGUCGCGGGGGCGGAAACGAGGGGCGGCCUCGGAUCGGUCAGAUUCGGCACGAAUCCGGGGGUGUUGUCGCCUCGCCGUUUCGAGCGCCUCGGGCAAUUGGACCCGGUGCCGGAAAGCAAGAACGGGUGCGUCGCAAGGAGCAACGUGCCGAGGACGGAGCAAGAGAGAAGAGAGCAGCGUGACCCCCGUCGCGAGACGUUGCCCGAUCCGACGGGACCGAUCACGUUCGGGGACGGUGGCAAUUCGAUCGUGGUCGGUACGCAACCGAAGUUGAAGAGUUUCGAGCGCGAGUUCCGCUCGAGGAUCGAGUCCUCCUCGAGCAACGACGUUCCCCAAGGUUGCGGGGCAACGUUUCAAUCGCAAGAGAAUUGCGAGGCGAGGGCGCGAACUUUGGAACGAUUGUCGAGGCUCGUUCAAGGAAGGAACGAUCGUCGAGCGUCGGCGAGAUAUAACGAGACCCGCGGCGAUUUCCCAUUCGAGGUUCGAGGGGGGACCGCGUACUCGGAGUUCGAGGGAAGUCCGAGCGUUCCUUCGAACAGAGCGAUCGCGAGUACCGUGACCACGUCCACGACCACGGUCGCGGUGUCCGCGUUGGGGGGGACGAAGAGAGGAGAGGAGGAUGGGAAAGGAUCGGAGGAGCCUGAAGAGGAGAGGGCGGAAGCGGAGGGGUGCGAGCACGGGCCAACGAGGAACCCUUUGAAGGACGGGGAAUCCUCGAAGAGGGCCGACGAUUUCGCGGACAACGACGGGAUCCAAACGCUUCGAGUGAUCAUUUUGUCGGAACAAUUGUGAAAGUUAAAGGGCGGCUGGUCGUUUGGAAGAAGAGG